GCGGGACAUGUCACUAAGCUAAGGCUGCCUAGCUCCACUUACCUUUCGAGAAAGCAUUGUCGAAGUACGACGGUGGUCAUGGCGAAGCCUACUCAGAGCACGGGCGACGAAGCCCCGAAGAAGAAGUCCAGAUGGCAGAAACUCAAAGAGGAGAAUGAGGAAAGAAAGAAGAAUAACAUUCAGCGAAUUUCUGCGAAGGAAGCGACUGAGCGGACUGGAUACGACGAAACGGGCAAGCCGGCAACGGAAUGGCGUAAGGAGCAGCAUGCGAAGUGGGUGGAGGAGCAGAAGGAGGAUAAUUUGAAGUUUGGGGUAGCAGUGGCGUCGGCGUUAGCGCCGGGGGCGGCGAAAGGGGCGGCAGCAGAUGGGUGUGUGGUUAUGUAGGCUUUGGGGGUGAGUAGGCUUCGUUGGCAGGA